GAUGGAGAAGGACUUGGCUCCCUAGAGAAGAUAUGAGUAAGGUUAAUGGUGUAUCAUGAACAAUGUCGAGAUUAGUUUUAAAACUUUAUUUCCCCGUUCUAAUCCUUCUACUUUUCAUCCCUGCCUCUAUUCAGUUGGCCUGCAAGGGUUGUAAGCCCCGUGAAGAAUGGUGUGUGUGUCCCGGGGAUAAAGGACUAUUAGGUUGGCCCGGGACUCCAGGUAUUCGCGGACCUGAGGGACCACCUGGAGAUAUUGGUCCUGAUGGACCUCCUGGACCAAAGGGAGAGAAGGGUGACCAGGGACGGUAUGGGUCCUGGGGGGAGAAGGGGGCCAGGGGGGAGAUGGGGGUUCAAGGAUUCAGUGGAACUCCUGGAAUAGAUGUAAGAGUUAGAUAA